UUGAUCAAACAGAUUUGAAGGGAUUUGUUGAAGCCUGUGUGGGCUAAGACGGAAGGAAAUGAGGGCAGAGGGAGGCAGAGAGAAUGAGGGAGCACAUCUGGCUAUAAAUAGGUUCGGAAGAAACCUGCUGGUCACAUCUUGCUCAUCUCCUUCCACAUACCUUGCUUAGACUAAGAUUUGCUUCUGUUUCAGGAAAAAAGCAUUUACAGACUUGUUAAGUUUUCAUCUUGGCAAAGCUCUGUUCGGAGGACGCAUAGAGUCCUGAGAACCUCAAGGAGACAGGGCAGCUGAAGGAUGGUGCUGGUGUUCCUGCUGGGACUCGGCUGGUUCUGCUCUCCCCUGGGAGCACUGGUUCUGGACUUCAACAACAUCAAGAGCCCUGCCGAUGUACAAGGGGCUCGGAAGGGCUCACAGUGCUUGACUGACAGGGACUGCAAUACCAGGAAAUUCUGCCUCAAGCCCCAUGAUGAGAAGAAACCUUUCUGUGCCACGUGUCGUGGGUUACGGAGGAGGUGCCAACGUAAUGCCAUGUGCUGCCCGGGAAUGCUCUGUAUAAAUGAUGUUUGCUCUACAAUGGAGAAUGCAACCCCAAAAUUGGAAAGACAGGUUGAUGACCAAGAUGACAUUGACACAACAGGAACAACUGAGCACCCGAUUCAGGAAAACAAACCCAAGAGGAAGCCAAAUACUAAGAAAUCACAAGACAGUAAGGGACAAGAAGGAGAAAGCUGUCUUAGAACUUUUGACUGUGGCCCUGGAUUUUGCUGUGCUCGUCAUUUUUGGACUAAGAUUUGUAAACCAGUCCUAUCGGAGGGACAGGUCUGCUCCAGGAGAGGUCAUAAAGAUACUGCUCAAGCUCCAGAAAUUUUCCAGCGCUGUGACUGUGGCCCUGGACUAUUAUGUCGAAAUCAAGUUACUAGCAAUCGACAGCACGCAAGGCUAAGAGUAUGCCAAAAAAUCUAAAAAGCUGCAAAUAUUUCAAAACAAGGAAGACUCCUCAUUGUACUCAAGCAGAAAUCUCAGACAUCAACUUAAAAAUGCUUUCACACAAAUAUCUCUUAAAAUAAGAUCUUGUAGCAGCUGAAGUAGACAGACGCUAGAGAACACUGAGAUACUGCCUUGUGGUGAAUGAAAAAUAGCUUUGACUUUUUGUCUAUUUCUCCAGAAAAAAAAAAAUUAAUUUUGAAUCUAGUGACUCCAUUAGUUUCAAAUAAAUCUUUAAGUAAUUUCUGGUGAAGGGCUGGUACCUGACAGCAGCUUGGGAAAAAAAGUGAUAGUAUCUGAAACGAAAGGUAAACGCAUUCUUGUAUCUUACCAGUGAAAAUCUUCACAGCAGGUGUUUCUUGAAAAACCUUGUUUGUUUUCCUUUAUUUCUUGAAAGGGAAAUGCCAUUUCACAACAAAAUAAUAUGAUCAAUAAAGAAAUAAAAUUCAAAAGGUAUUAACACUUUAUAUUUGUAUAGGCCUUUACAAGUUACAAAGCAUUUUCACGUAGUUUGUUUUCAAUAGCUUUACUUACCAUUUGAUUAUUUUUCACAUUUUAUAUUCAUAUAAUUUUUAUAUUUGAAAGCUAGAACUUUCAAGGAAUGUUUCUACUUAUGUAUUUUGACCAUCGGUACUUAAAAGUCAACCUUGGAGAAAAACUCUGGCAAAAAAAAGUGACAUUUUUGUUUGUUUGAAAUUCAAGAGGCCAUAUUUUGUGAUGGGUGCAUAUGAGAAGUGGUUUUGCUUAGGAAUCUCUUUCUAAUAGAUUAAAACUAUGUGCUACAGAUUUCGUUUAAGAGAUAAGCCAUACGCCUGUUUUUCUAUUUAAGUUAUAUGUUAAAAAAUCAAAUAUGGGCCAAGAAAGGAAAAUUAAAUUUCUGAAGGUCCCUACUUUCUAAAAAUAUACUGAAUUAUCUUCCAGAGGCUAGGCUCUGGGUGUGCAUUGACUGGCUGAUCUGUAAUCAGUAAGUAGGAGGAAAGGGAGUGAGGAAAUGCAGUCUGCGGCACAAGGAAAGAAGAUGAGAAAACACAAAUUCCCAUUAAAGACUUACUAUCAGCUCAUCCCUUACGUGCUUCUCCGACACCCUUAGACCCUUAGUACAGGGUGAUCAUGAACACAGUACGUCAGUUUAAACUGAGGAUCUCUGCUAGUAAAACAAGGACAACAUCAUCUGGUA